GAUCAGAAAUAGCAAUGCAUACUAUGUCACACGUUCAAGUGGUCCACAAAUGGGCUGGGAAUAUAGCUCUGUGAUAAAGCAUUUGCCUACGGUGCAUGUGGAUUUGAGCCCCAGCCUUGCGAAACUGUUGUUUUUAAGUAGCAAAUAUAUGGCUUGUGGCUACAUAUGUAUGUGAUGUACGUGAUAGGCAGAGAAAUAAGUGCCUGCCCAUCUUGUGCUUUCCUUUUUCUGUUUUGCUGAGAGGGCAUAAUAGACAGGAAGGGUCUGCGCACUUAGUCCUGACCUGGAAGGGAAGUAGGUGUGGUGUGCGUAAAUAAAUCACUGAAGGCCAAGUUCAAAUAAAUGGUGAGCCUACUUAAUUUUGGGGGGAGAGAAAUGUCCAAUACCCUUUGACCUCAUCCCUCUCCGAGAGUCCACAGCCUGCCCUUCUGCAUUCAGCCUGAUCCCAAAGGGCUUUGGCCCUGAUACUCAGAUGCUCCUAAAAUGGCUAAUUGAUCAUUGUGCUUUAAAAGGACUACCUGGAAAUAAAACAGCACCCUGAGUCCGCAGGGCCAGAGAAGACUGGAAACGGAAGGAGAUGAGCCAGCAAAGCAGCUCAUAGACACAGCUCCCAGAUCCUCUGUGUUCUCUCGCAUGGUGGUCCCCCGAGUCCAGGCUGGGCAACAAGCCCAGAUAAUAAUAGCAGCUCCUGUAGUGGAGCACAAAUGGGUCCUAACUGUCCAACUUUCAAUUCUCACUUAGAAAGAUUCUCAUAAUGGAAUUGAAGGUGGUCACAGCUGAACUGGAGAGGAGAUGUGUGGUCAGGUUGUUUUAGGGUUCAGGAUUGCUUUGGGGCCGGGCUUGUUUAUUUAACAAAUAUUUAUCGGGGUGAAUAUGUGCCCAGCCCUGGGAUACCGCAGUAACCCCAGGCAUGCAUGGUGUAUCCCUGUGGAUGUGGCUUGAGGUCUUUAGAACAGCGGGCCAUGCCACACCCUUAAACAUGCAGGCGGGGCCGGGAGGUACAGCACAGUGGGGACAUGCGUCUAGCAUGCGCUGGACCCUAGCUUCCAUCCAAUAGCAUAGAGAUUUAGGGAGAUUAGAGAGUGGGUGAGUAUGAGGGGUGGAGACAGAGGGAGGGAGGGACACAGGGAGGGGAGGGACUCACACUUAGACAAAUGUAGACACUGUUGGGAAAGUCUUAGUUGGAGCUACAACUGAAACUCACUGGUAGAAUGCCUGGACACCAUGUCUGGAUUCUAUGUUGAGUUUGGAAUGUGGAGGACAGGGAGGAAUCAAGACAGGCAGAUUCAUUUUGUGGAUUGUGUGUGUAGAGAAAUUCCUGCUACAUGAACAUAACAACUUAAAUUGAUGGAUAAAAUAUAGAGAAGAAAAUUCCUCUCUGUCCGUUUUGUUAAGGUAUGCUACGGGCUGAAGAUCCCUACUGUCUGAAUACUUUUCUAUUGCUGUGUUAAGACAUGAUGACCAAAGCAACUUGUAGAAGAAAGAAUUUAUUGGGGACUUACAGUUUCAGAGGGUUGGAGUCCAUGCAGGAAGCAUAAAAGCAGGGGAGAAGGCAUGGCUCUAGAGCUGUAGCGGAGAGCGUUUGUCUUAUCUUCAAACACCAAGCAGAGAGAACUAACUGGGAGUGACAUGGGCAUUUGAAACCUCAAAGCCCAUCCCUACUGGGACACACCUUCUCCAAUAAGGCCACAAGCCUAAUCCUUCCCAAGCAAUUCCACCAACUGGGGACCAAGUGUUCAAAUAUAUGAGCUUAUGGGGGUCAUUCUCAUUUAAACCAUCAUAUUUGCCAAAACACUUAAAAUUCGUGGUAAGAGACAGGACCUUUAAGGGGUGAUGUGGUCAUGUCACAGACCCUCAGUUUAUGGGUUGUUGGGUCUGUUCUUUAGAGACCCCUAACUAACACAAUGGCUAUUUGCUGUCAGUACUUUGAAAAUAUCCCACUGGGUUCUGCUUCACUGUUGCAGAGACUGGACACUUACAAAAGAGUCAGCUGUCACCUAAAUUUCACACUUGUAUAGAUGUCUAAUGUGUAGACUGGGAAGGUUUUGUUUCCCAUCAGUCCUUUAAUCCAUUCUCUUACUUGAAGGGCAACAUUGCAAACGCUCCCACUUCCCGACAGGCCACCCUAGCCUUCAGUCUCCGUAGCCCUUGCCCAGAACCUUGGUUUUCAGCUGAGCCCUCUCCAUGAUGUCCUAGUUCCUUAACAGAAGCACCUAUCUGUGGCUUGAUGGGUUUAAGCCCCUAACUCAGCUCUCAAGACGACACGUGCACAUUUGGGUUUUUAAUAAGUACAGUUUGCUUUUCCCGGCCCUACCUUUCUCAAACAGUGAGUGAAAUUGUGUUAGCCACGUGCUCGUCACAACCAGAGUCUCGGAGGUCUGCAUAUGACGUCACCCAUGGUUAACUAUUAUCCCCAGUAGGCCUUCACUGUUUUCAACAUACUGAAGGGCUUUUUCUUAUUCCUACCUGGAACCAGUUCCUGCUGGGAAAUCCCAUUUAAACAUCUUAAGCAGAGUGAAAGAGGGACGCUAGAACAACUCCGGAAUUUGUCUUACAGCCAAAUGUAACUGGGCUUGGUGAAGAACACAAUGUUUCUAGUCGGCGAUACACACCGACCCCAUCUUGAGGCUCAGCUUGCAUACCCUAAUACAGCUGUUUUCGCAUCCCAACCCUACCAACCAGUCCCUCCUAUAGCCCUGAAUCCGCAUUUAAUGUAGCAUCCAUUUGCAUUCUUCCUGGCACGCCCAAGAGCUGGGUCACAGUUGUCAGGGCAACAGCGUGUCUGCAGAGAGCACCAGCUCUCCAGGGUUUCCAAGGCAACCACUCUGCAGCGUGGAAGCAGGUGCAUGCCCAGAAAAGCGCCCUUAGGGCGGGGCUAGCUAGGGUGAGGACCCUUGGGGAACUGAGAGGCGUGGCCGCUGGGCUGAGGAGUGCUCAGGCAGGCCUUGUACUUGCGGAUCGUAACUUUCGGUGGAAUAUUCCGCUUUCGUGGUGCACUUUGAAAACCGAGGAUUCCUCCCAGCGUGGUGUGUGUAUCCAGCUUGUCUCCAGGAGCCACUUGCGAUUGGGAAAUGGUCCCAGUGGAUGAACCGCAGCGGAGCGUCCUCAUACAGUAAGGUCCUGUGGAACAGAGUCCUAGGAACAGACCAGGGAGUUGACGUGCGCCACUAAAACCUGAGGCACAGUAGCAUAGGUUUGUUGCGCAUCGCGCGGUGCUCAGGACAUCCCACCAAGGCCCAGGAGUCAAGUCGGAACUGGGCUGGAGGAGGACGCAUAAGGUCCUUUCUAUUUGAGAUGCAGCAGCGUGCAGGGUCGAGGACAGCCGGCCCCCCAUGUCAGUGGUCUAGGAUGGCCAGUGAGGGCGCCAGCAUCCCAAGUCCCGUGGUGCGCCAGAUUGACAAGCAGUUUCUGAUCUGCAGUAUAUGCCUGGAACGGUACAAGAACCCCAAGGUCCUGCCCUGUCUGCACACUUUCUGCGAGAGGUGCCUGCAGAACUACAUCCCAGCCCACAGUUUAACCCUCUCCUGCCCGGUGUGUCGCCAGACAUCCAUCCUGCCCGAGAAAGGGGUGGCCGCACUUCAGAACAACUUCUUUAUCACGAACCUCAUGGAUGUGCUGCAGCGGACGCCAGGCAGCAACGGCGAGGACUCUUCCAUCCUGGAGACGGUCACCGCUGUGGCUGCAGGAAAGCCUCUUUCGUGCCCAAACCAUGAUGGAAAUGUGAUGGAAUUUUACUGCCAGUCCUGUGAGACCGCCAUGUGUCGGGAGUGCACGGAGGGGGAGCACGCGGAGCACCCCACAGUCCCGCUGAAGGAUGUGGUGGAGCAGCACAAGGCCUCGCUCCAGGUCCAGCUGGACGCAGUCAACAAAAGACUCCCAGAAAUAGAUUCUGCUCUUCAGUUCAUCUCAGAAAUCAUCCAUCAGUUAACCAACCAAAAGGCCAGCAUUGUGGAUGACAUCCACUCCACCUUUGAUGAGCUGCAGAAGACUUUAAAUGUUCGCAAGAGCGUGCUGCUCAUGGAGUUGGAGGUCAACUAUGGUCUCAAACACAAAGUGCUGCAGUCGCAGCUGGAUACCCUGCUCCAAGGCCAGGAAAGCAUUAAGAGCUGCAGCAACUUCACGGCUCAGGCCCUCAACCAUGGCACGGAGACGGAGGUGCUGCUGGUGAAGAAGCAGAUGAGCGAGAAGCUGAACGAACUGGCGGACCAGGACUUCCCACUGCACCCGCGCGAGAACGACCAGCUGGAUUUUAUCGUGGAAACGGAGGGACUGAAGAAGUCUAUCCACAACCUGGGGACCAUCCUCACCACUAACGCGGUCGCCUCUGAGACGGUGGCCACGGGGGAGGGGCUGCGGCAGACCAUCAUCGGGCAGCCCAUGUCCGUUACUAUAACCACCAAGGACAAAGACGGAGAGCUGUGCAAGACAGGCAACGCAUACCUCACCGCUGAGCUCAGCACCCCGGACGGCAGCGUGGCCGACGGAGAGAUCCUGGACAACAAGAACGGCACCUACGAGUUCUUGUAUACUGUGCAGAAGGAGGGGGACUUCACCCUGUCCCUCAGGCUCUACGACCAGCAUAUCCGAGGCAGCCCGUUUAAGCUCAAGGUCAUCCGCUCUGCCGACGUGUCCCCCACCACCGAGGGCGUGAAGCGACGAGUCAAGUCCCCGGGGAGCGGGCACGUCAAGCAGAAGGCUGUGAAGAGACCUGCCAGCAUGUACAGCACCGGCAAGCGAAAAGAGAACCCCAUCGAGGACGACCUGAUCUUCCGAGUCGGUACCAAAGGAAGAAACAAAGGAGAAUUUACAAACCUGCAGGGUGUGGCUGCAUCUACAAGUGGAAAGAUAUUAAUUGCAGAUAGUAACAACCAGUGUGUGCAGAUCUUUUCCAAUGAUGGACAGUUCAAAAGUCGUUUCGGCAUCCGAGGACGAUCACCCGGACAGCUCCAGCGGCCCACGGGGGUAGCGGUGCACCCCAGUGGGGACAUCAUCAUUGCAGAUUAUGACAACAAGUGGGUUAGCAUUUUCUCCAAUGAUGGGAAGUUUAAGACAAAAAUUGGAUCAGGAAAACUGAUGGGGCCCAAAGGAGUUUCUGUGGACCGCAAUGGGCACAUUAUUGUGGUGGACAACAAGGCGUGCUGUGUGUUUAUCUUCCAGCCCAACGGGAAAAUAGUCACCAGGUUUGGUAGCCGAGGAAACGGGGACAGGCAGUUUGCAGGUACACUCGAUGGUCCCCACUUUGCAGCUGUGAAUAGCAAUAAUGAGAUCAUCAUUACAGAUUUCCAUAAUCACUCUGUCAAGGUAUUUAAUCAGGAAGGAGAAUUCAUGUUGAAGUUUGGCUCCAAUGGAGAAGGAAAUGGGCAGUUUAAUGCACCAACAGGUGUGGCCGUGGACUCAAAUGGGAACAUCAUUGUGGCUGACUGGGGGAACAGCAGGAUCCAGGUUUUUGAUGGGAGUGGAUCAUUUUUGUCCUAUAUCAACACAUCUGCUGACCCGCUCUAUGGCCCCCAGGGCCUGGCUCUCACUUCAGAUGGCCAUGUUGUGGUUGCAGACUCCGGAAACCACUGUUUCAAGGUCUACCGGUACUUACAGUAACAGUGGACAGCUCUGUACUGAGGUCUUGCACUAGAAACUGGAAUGGAGUUCUCAAGGUGGGACCAGACUACGAUAGGACUUUUCAUACUAGGAAGAAUCUUCGGUGAACUUCCCAAGGUUAUUUCUGAAUGUAACCAUUUCUUUAAAAACUGUCUAUCCAAUUUCCGUAAUUCACUUUUAGGAUUUAAAAAGAAUCUUCUUCUACUGAAUCUAUACAAACUGCGAAGUUUUACACCCAUGAACUAUGGCUCAUAGGACAGGGAUUUCUGUAGUUAAACUAAUUUUGCAAAUCAGACGUUAAAAAGAAUUAGCGUAUCUGUUGACUGGUGAAUGAAUGAUAGCCUUUGCAUAGAGCUUCCAAGAACAAAACUUGUAGUUGCCUAUUUUAUUUAACUUCGAUCACAAGACCCAAGGGACCUUCUAACCUCACUUUUACAGUAGGUGUUAUUAUUCUGGUGACAUGUUUUUGCUUAUCAACAACCACAUAUAAAUUACCUUAGAAAAAUCCAAGGCUGUCUUGCAAGAUCCUUUCAGUUCAACUCAGGCCCUGAGUUGAGCCCAUCAGAAUCAAUGCAAAUUCCCCAAAUUUCCUGGGUUUGAUCAAAGAUCGUUUCCAUGUGUUCUCUUCACCUUCUCAUUUCUGCUCACCUUGCAUCAGAAAAUGAAAUAUAUUUUCAGGAAAACCUGAAAUUCCCGAUGCUUUGGAAGGCACGUAGCAAAAGCAAGGGGACUCUUUGGUUACUAGCUUCAGAUCAACACACUGGAAUGGAAUCAAGAGAAGUCACAUUCAUGUGCCAUGCGUUCAUGUGUCUUUCCUCUUCCACAUCACGAAAGCGAAAGCUUUACCUCCUGCAAAACGUCAGCACAUGUAGUCAGACGCCAGUGUCCUAGGACAGAGAGCCAUAAGCAGCCCUUUGGAGGAUGGAUGGUGUCAACCAAAGGCAUGUGAUUGAUUCAUGAUUUCCCCUUAGAGAGCAAGUGUUACCAAAGUUCUGUUGAGCAUUACAGGUAAGGGCAUGUUGUGGUUAUUUAUCAUUGUCUAAUGAGUAGUAGAGGCAUUAAGGGGGCAAGUAUACAUGGUUAGGGUAAGAUAGAAUGUAUUAUACAUAUAUAUAUAUAUAUAAAUAUAUAGCUGAGUCCUUGGUGUGCGGGAAUAGGCAGCACUCUGAAAGACAGAAGCAUUGUCCAGCCAUCCUUCAGUACAUUCCCUGCCUGUUGCAGUCUGAAGCCGUCCCUGGAGAGUGAGCCCCACAGCAGCUUUCUGUGCUGCCAUUUCCUGGCAUGAUGGUGAUGUCUGGCUUCCAGUCAAAUUACCUUCUUUGUGUUCAAGAAAAAAAAGAAAGAAAGGAAGAAAAAAAGGAAGAAGGGGAGGAAGAAAGAAAGAAAGAAAGAAAGAAAGAAAGAAAGAAAGAAAGAAAGAAAGAAAGAGAAAGAGAGAAAGAAAGAAAGAAGUCUUUAUAACAUUGAGUUUGAGUUACCUUUCAUUUAGGUAUAAAUGCAUUUGAGAAACAUUACCUGUCAUGGAUACUGUAAACUAAGAUGUGUUCUCUUUCCACUGAUUUUCUACUCAGUUCUACCAAAUAGGAAUGUUGUGCUUUGCAUGUUUGAUGAUGACGCUGUGAUGUCAUUCACCGAAAGCACCUUAGAUAUCUACUGUAAAAGACAUCUUCCCUUAGAUACAAAUGAUGAUGUUUAUGGCUUAUUAUCUUAAAAUUCAAAUGUUCUUGACAUAAAUUUUUUAAAAAAAUUUAGAAGGGAAAUCUGGCUACUUCCAGUGGUCUAUUUAAUUCAUUAUGCCCAAAUCAACAUCUGGGUGGAAAAACUUUAUUUUCAGAAGAUUUACAUUGGUAUUUAGCUUAUUAUUAUUUUAGUUCUGUGGGGUUUUAAAAUACACAAGCCUGUCUUUACUAGACAUAAAAUUUAAUACCAAUUUUAGAACGAUAAGGUAAGACUGCUUCUGAAUAUCAUGAAAUAAGUCUUUGAUAUUUUGGUUGUAAUUUUUUUUUCUUGGUGCUGGGGAUGGUACUCACGGCCUCAGAGAUAUUCAGCAAGAGCCCUACAGUCGGGCAGAGCCUGCAGCCCAACCCUCAGUAUGAAUGUCAGUGUUUCUCCCUCCAGGCUUCCGACCAGGGGCCAGGAAUGCAUCUAGGCACUGGGACCAGAGGGAUGCUUAGAAGAGAAAGGCAUCUCUGCCCUUGUACAGCUUAUACUCUGGAAAGGAGACAUCGUUGUGCUUUAAUAGUCUGCCUGCAGGACUGUUUCUGUUUCUGGGCUACUUAAAAGAAAGCUUUUUUUAAAAAAAAAUGAGUAAAUUAAUUGUAGAAAUUAAAAAUGUAAAAGUAGAAAUUUUGUUUUUGUUUUUUGUUUUCCAAGACGGGGUUUCUCAAUGUAGCCCUGGCUGUCUUGGAACUCACUCUGUAGACCAGGUUGGCCUCGAAUGCAGAAAUCCACCUGCCUCUGACUCCCAAGUGCUGGGAUUAAUGGCGUGUGCCACCACUGCCCGGCCAGAAAACAUUUUUUAAAGAGGCUGCCAUGGGCUGUUUUUGGUUGGUUGGUUGGUUCUUUGUUUUGUGGUGCUGGAGAUGGAAUCAGGGCUCUGCAACUGAGCCACACCUCCACGUUGCAACUCUUAUUUUGAAAAUGAAUUUACCAAAUGAGUUCUCAUUUUGUACAAUGUUGAGAUAUUUGUGAACUGAGAAAUUAAUUCGUAAAUGAAUCAGCUGCACAUAUAAAAUAUCAUGUCAGGCUUGAUAGCUCAAUAAGAAAUAACACAAAUUUUUUUUUCUUAACACACAAAUAUUGGUAUGAACUGGAAUGAAAGGGUAAUUUAAUUUAGACCUGUUCCACCAUUGGCUACUAAAGCACCUGCUGUGGGCACUGCAAGAAACACUACAUUCUACACCUGGGUACCUGUGUGUGUUCACUGUAUUUCUUUGUGGUAAGCGAAUUGGGGGUUGGGGGUGGAGUGCUGCUACUAAGAUAUAAAUAGACAAGGUCUAAAUGGAAUUUUGUCUCAUUUGGUCAGAAUGGUUUCUGGUAAACUGAGAAGGAUUAUUACAAUAAGUGGCUUUUUUUGUUCUAGGCUACUGUUACUGUCCAAUUGAUCUUCGUUGAGUGUAUAGAACCCGUCACACAUUCAUGAUACGUAGCACUGAGAAAGUAAGCGUUCAGCUUUCCCUUGGGCACUAAGGACAAGCAGUUAGGUUUUAUAGGUUAACGAUAGUGUGUCUUCUCCCGCCAUAAACCUCCCUUGCUGGACACAGGGUGGUAGGGAGUCACUUUGACUAUCCAGAAACACACAAUUAGAAAGUUGUUAUGACUGUUUGCUGGUGUUUAAAUGAUGUGUAAGAUUUUGAUGAAACUUUAGUCUCUGUAACCAAAUAAGCCCCCGAGUUUCCUAAACUUGACAAAAUUUGAGGCAAUAAGCACCCCUGGUCCAUGCAGCUGUUGCACAUCUGCUCCCACUACAUGUACAGGGUAUGUAUGUCCUCACGGGGAAUGAACUGGAAUAGCGGGACGUAACCAGGUAUAUGGAGCCUCGCUCUAAAGGGUUAGCAUAAAUGCUUUGGUAAUACCUACGGAGGAAAUUGGAGAGAUCAGAUCAACAUCAGGCCAUCUGUAGGUCACAUCAAAUGGGAAAAGUCUCUCUAUGCAUUUGAACUGUAGAUCACCCUCUCUGUUCACCAGCUUCUGAACAGGGAAGAGGAAUUUCUGUUUUUGGUGAAUGCUUUUAAAACAAGACCUUUUUCCAAGUAGGAUAGCAUUGAAGCUGCCUGAUGCAAACCUUUCUAAUUUCCCUUAAAAUCAAAAGUCCUAAUACUGUUACUUUAUGUAAAUGUUGCAGGGUGUUUAAAAUUUUACAAUUAUUUUAAUAUUUUUGAUAACUAGGAAUCUAGUAUUGCCAUAAAGGAAACUAAGUGCCCAUUAAAUAUUUGUUUGGUAUAAAUAAAUACUUUUUUUUUUGGUUUUGUUUCAAAUGACAGUAAGCUACAAAUCAUGACGCUAAUCUUCAAAAACACUUUCUAAUGAACUGUGUGGUAGUUGAUUGUGUGGUCUGUUUGUGGAGAAUGUAUGGAUGCGAUUCAUUAGUAUUCUAGAAGAGAUUAAUAAUCAGCUAUGUUGUUCCAAUGAAUGUACAGCACUUCCAUUAACUUUUGAAAGCAACACAGCCUUAACCUCAUGCUUUUGCUUUAUAACGUGGGACGUUGUGCUAUCAACACAGUACCCUCUGCUAACGUUCUUUCUCACCAUUCCUGACUGCAGCCAUCGGAGGCUGCCUACGAGAAUGGGGGUUGUUUGUUCCCUUUUCGUUUCUUUGAAGAUUUUGUACAUUCCACCUUGACACAUCUGUCUCAUACAUUUUGUGUACAGACCACUGGUCUUGUGUUUUCUGCCAUUGAUAAUGAUAUAGCCUCCUCAUAUGUUCUUUUAUGAAUUGAAAUGCUGACUGCCUGUUUAAAUAGAAGAACGGACGCCGUGCAUCAGUGUGUUUGUAUGUUCGUAGCUACAUCCGUACCACAGUAUUUUGGAUGCUUUAGUCUAUAAAACUUUAAAUUAAUUCUGUCUUGAAACACAGGAGAAACAAGACUCGAGUGUAUAUCGUUACCAUGCACAAAAGUCUCAGAUCAUUAUAAUAAAGCUUGUUCUCUCCACCUGCA